CUUGCGUGUUUGGGAUUGUUGUGAUGGGAGUCCGCAGCCAUCUUGGAUCAGCGCCGCUCCAGCAUAACGAGCAGCGGCAGAGGAGGUCGGACGCACACAGCUAACGGGUUAGCUGCACGAACAGGACAUCGAAAACUAUUUCUCCCUUCGGUGCCACAAUGCUUCACUCACUACGCAAUUUGUCUCGACACUCCGACGGUUUGUGCGCAUAAAACAAAUGCGUACGGACCGUGUUAACCGUCCAGCGGUGUAGUUCCGGAGAGGGCGGCGUUGCAGUUGCUCGGUAUAUUUUUAUAAUUUCUGAAUAGAAGAGUUACUAUGAAUGGAGGAUAAAUGUUGCCGAAGGCUGACAGCGGCAGUUUCGUCCUUUUCUCCCUCCUCUUUGUCCUCACGCUAACGGACCCACCACGGACAGGUCCGCGACUAGCUCUGGCAAGAUUAUUGUCAGAGCAGCGCUGCAACCCCGGGCAGUUCGCCUGCCGCAGUGGGAAGAUGCAGUGUAUUCCAAUGUCCUGGCAGUGUGACGGCUGGACAGCAUGCGAGGACAAAAGCGACGAGAUGGACUGUCCCCCGCUGAAGGACGAGAGGUUACGAUUUGGGAACGGUUAUGACCAGGUGGAAGACGUCAUCGCUGUGGAUCCUCCCGUGCGGCUGAGCAGCAUCUCGAAGAAAUGCCCCAGUGGGUGGCAUCACUACGAGAAGACGGCCAGCUGCUACAAAGUGUACCUGAGGAACGAGAACUACUGGCAGGCCGUGGACACUUGUCAGAGGGUCAACGGCUCCCUGGCCACGUUUGUGACCAACGAGGAGCUGCAGUUCAUACUGAAGAUCGAGGUGGACUUUGACGACAAAGUGUGUGAGCGCAAAGACCAGUGCAAGUUUUGGGUUGGUUACCAGUACGUCAUCACUAAUCAGAACCAUUCUCUGGAGGGUCGUUGGGAGGUGGCGUACAAAGGUGCCAUGCAGGUUUUCCUGCCACCCGAGAGUCUGACCAGUUUUGGGGAGGCAUCCCCGUCCCAGGACAACGUCUUCUGUGCCCAGCUGCAGCGCUUUCAGAUCGAAACCAUGAACGACCGAGGGCUGCACAGUUGGCACGCAGAGAACUGCUACAAAAAGUUCCCCUUCCUUUGCAAGAGGAGGCAAACCUGCGUGGACAUCAAAGACAACGUGGUGAACGAGGGCUACUACUUCACCCCCAAGGGGGACGACCCGUGUCUAAGCUGCACGUGUCACGAUGGAGAGCCGGAGAUGUGCGUGGCUGCCCUGUGCGAGCGACCACAGGGCUGCCAGCACUUUCGCAAGGAUCCCAAAGAAUGCUGCAAAUUCACCUGCCUGGACCCAGGAAACAGUCUCUUUGACUCCAUGGCCAGUGGCAUGAGACUCAUCGUCAGCUGCAUCUCCUCCUUCCUCAUCCUCUCUCUGCUGCUCUUCAUGGUGCACAGACUCCGACAGCGCAGACGUGAGCGCAUCGAAACGCUGAUCGGAGGAAACCUGCACCACUUCAACCUCGGACGACGAGUCCCGGGCUUUGACUACGGGCCGGACGCCUUUGGCACGGGCCUGACUCCACUGCAUCUCUCUGAUGAUGGAGAAGGAGGAGCUUUUCAUUUCCAGGAGCCUCCUCCACCGUACGCAGCCUACAAAUAUCCUGACAUCCAGCACCCGGAUGACCCCCCUCCUCCGUACGAGGCCUCCAUCAACCCCGACAGUCUCCUCUACGUCGACCUGGUUGCAGGACAUAACGGCGUUUCCAUGGUGCCCAGCCAAAUGAACCCCAUAGGGGGCGUCCUCCAGGCCGACAUUCCCAACCCGCCUUGUCCCAGGACGCGCUCGGCGCCGUCCUCCCAGGGGAGAGAAGACUCCAUAGACAGCAGCACCCUGCUGGUGGGGCCGGUCACUCCAACAGAGGGCCACGGCCCCACCUCCAUGCCUGCAGACUGCACCUCCCUCAGCACUGUGGUAUAAGUCGACACUAUGCCACCUGCUGGUAGAGGAAGAGAGGAGAGGGGACGCAGUACGUUGCACAGACACUGACUGAUGGAUCUCCUCUCUCUGAAGGUUGUACAGUGAGACUUCAGAGUGCUGUCAUUUUUUUAUUUUUUUUUAUUUUUAUUUUUUUACAAAUGCAGAACGGACAUUCUGCACAGAGGAAAGAGGAAAAAAAACACUACUUUUAAACUGAGAAAGCUGCACUUUUCCUGCUUGCGUCGAUGGAGCGGAGCUUUUGAAACAUCUCAGUUGGUCCUGAUGUAAAUACCCUCCUCAGGUCUGUGCCGGUCCACUUUGUUAUACGUUUGUGCUUCAGACCAGAACUAGGUUAAAAAAAACAUUGACAACGGACAUGAUGAUGAUGAUGCCAGCUUUUGUUUUCUUGCGCGUUCUUGGUUGCGUCCUCGCUGUCGCUGUCCCGUCGUCUCUCCAGACUUCAGAUACUGUUCCCAGCAGCUCCGUGUACAAACCUUUGUCUGAAGCUUCUGUCCUGGAGCCGCCUUUCAUGAUUUUCAGCACAGGAUGUUUUGUUGUCAGAAGGUGACCUUGUAAAAAAAAAAAAAGAGGGUUAACAUUAGCUCUGGAGGUUGUUGUGGUGCAGAUGAAUCCUCUGUUAUUUUUUUUAUUUUUAUUAUUACUUUUUGGUUGAUUAGACGAAUCCUGGUGUGACAGAUUAAAGAGCAGAGCAGCUUUGAAGACGUUAGUGAUGAUGAUAUCCAGAACCUGUUUCAUUUACAGCCAGUCAUUGAUGUCGUUUGAUGCAGAAGUUCUCGAUGUUGUUGCCUCAUCAGCAGUUGUGUAUCCACGUGGAGCCGUACACCCCCGACAGCUCCAUCCUAGUUUGACUCGGACACAGUUCAAAUUAUGAAAACUUGGUUGAAACAAUAGGGUUAGCACUAGUCAGGUACCGUGUCUGUCUUUCUUGUAGCCGCAGAGCCAAUUUGUAGUUUGCAUUACUGCCACCUAGUGGGCUGCAGUGUGUAUACAUUAGUGUUACCGGUCUUUUUUAUUUUCUUUUUUUUGUCAGUAAGGAAUUCACUGACAAAAACAAUUUGAUCUUCUUUUGUAUUAUUUCCUACUGACGUUUGGAGGAAAUUCCUUUUUCCACAUUCUGACUCCAAACAUCACCUCACCAAAAAAAAAAAUCCGACCUGAUUGUAGCUGGGGAAACUGAAUGUAGUGGAACUCAUCGUCUGUGUUGAGUUGUCGAGACAGAGGUUGUCUUCAGCUGCUUCUCUUUGGACCAGGGUUAAAGUUGUUUGUGCAAUUUUUUUUUUUUUUAAAGGUCGUUUUCAGCUGCUGAUGUAACAGUAACCACACGUGACUCCUGUUUUCUCCUGUUUGGAUGCUGGUGGCGCUAUUGUUCUUGAUUUUUCACCGAGAAAAAAAAAAGUGUAUAUUUGGGAAGACAAUCGUAGAGAGUUUUAAUCCUCGUCGGCGUUUAACCAAGAACAACGAUGUAAAUGAUUGGAUGACUGAGCCCGUCAUUGUGUGAAUGAACUCGAUGAAAUACUAAGAUUUUUUUUUUUUUUUUUUAUGUUCUUGUGCUGAAAUAUUCCUUCUGUUUUUGACAAUCCACGGUGGAUUAUCCUAAUCUCAGAACUGUAGAAAAUAAUCCUGCAUGAGUGAGUGUACAGAAGGUCAGAACUGGUUGGGAUUUUUUUUUCUUUUUUUUUUCUUGUCAGUUUUGGUUUUAGUUCCAUGUCGAAAAAUGUUUCUUGACCUACGAUGCAUGUUUUUGAUCCUGCGGCAUGCUGAGAGUUGUUUUCUUUUUUUGGGGGGGGUAAUUUUUUUUUGUAAUUUAUUUCUUUGAUGCAAAUAUUCUUCAGCUCAACCGCAUCCACUGUACAGACGACUCGCUGCAUCUAGAUUCAAGCUUCAUCUUCACUGUAGUUCCUGUGGCAGAUUAUGGUGGCGUGAGAACCAGUUUUGUUGGCUUUGACUUGUUUUGUGUAUAAUACAGAAAUGAUGACAUUCA